AUGGUUAGAAUGCAUGAAUGGAGGGGCACCAAAAGCAAUAAUUACAGAUCAAUGCAAGGAGCUGUGGUACAGGUAUUCCCCGAAUCUCAUCAUCGUCUUUGUCUUUGGCAUAUUAUGAAAAAGAUUUCUAAAAAAUUAAGUAGAUUGGAUCAAUAUAAAGUAAUAAAGAAGACUCUAAAAACCCUUGUGUAUGAGUCUACGAACACUCAAGAGUUUGAAGAUGGGUGGUGCAAGCUGGUUGACAAAUAUGGACUUGAAAAAAAUGAGUGGUUAUGUUCUUUAUUAAACGAUCGAAGUCAUUGGGUGCUGAUGUAUGUAAAAGUAAACUUUUGGGCAGGGAUGUCUACUACACAACAAAGUGAAAGCAUAAAUGCUUUUUUUGAUGCGUAUGUUAAUUCUAAAACAUCAUUACGACAAUUUGUUGAGCAAUAUGACAAUGCGCUAAAAAGCAAGAUUAAGAAAGAAAAUAAGGCUGAUUUUGAGUCUCUUAAUUCUUCAUAUAAGUUAGUAACUGGGUUUUAUUUUGAGAGACAGUUUCAGGAGGCGUACAGAAAUGCAAUUUUUAAGUUGUUUCAAGAUGAGUUACGGGGUAUGAUGCAAUCGCAUUUGAUAUACAAUGUUCUUGUUAUUUGUUUGAGUUUCGCGGAAUUAUUUAUCGGUAUGGUGAAGAUAUUGAUUGAGAAGGAUGUUAAAGAAAUUCAUCCACGAUAUAUUUUGUCUCGGUGGAGGAAGGAUGUGAAGCAUGGACACUACUCGGUGAUAAAUUGUUAUGAAGAUUUGAUGAGUGGUGAAAAUGCUAAACAGUUUGACCACUUGUGUUCCAAUUUUUAUGAGGUUGCGCAUAUUGCUAAUUCUCACGAAAAGUAUGAAUACUUGCUAAGUUGUAUAAAUAUGGCUAAAGAAAAGUUAAAUGAUGAUUCAUUUUGGGGUUGUAGUAGUAACGUAAAAUUGAUAGUUGAAGAUUUUUUAAUAACUGCGUUUAUUUAUGUACUUGAGAAAACGGAUAACAUACAACAAGAUCCAAUGGGUCCAAGUCGUGAGCAUGGGGCAAUUUCCUAUAAUGAUGAGCCGAACUACCAUUUUGAUCUUAAUGUACCGGUUUGA